AAAAAACAAAAAGACUUCAUUCACAACCCCAUCCAAUGUAUACACACAUCUUCCCUUCCUUUCUCUACACCCCCACUUAACUUUGUGCUUUGCUUUCUUCUUCCCAAUCCUCAUCCAAACUUAAGAGCUUCAAAACCAAGACCAAAACCUUAAUAAUACUCUUCAUUGAUUCUAGAGUGGCAAACAUUGAAGAAGAAGAAGAAGAAGAAGAAGAAGAAGAAAGCAUAAGGUUGAAGGCAUGAAUAGAGGAGUGUUUCAUAGUUCUUCAGUGCAGCAAAUGAUGGGGGGAAAUAACCCAAACUGGUGGAGUUCUAUCAGCAACAUGAAGCAAACUGCAGGAGAUGAAACCUCUCUUCUUUAUCCUUUUCCAUCUUCUUCACCUCUCUUCCAUCACUUCUCUCAUCAUCAACCAUCUUCUCUUUUUCUUCCCCCCAUGUUCCCUUUUCAAGAAAACCAAGACCUUCCUGAGUCAUGGAGUCAACUUCUCUUGGGAGGACUUGUGGGAGAAGAUGCAGAUCAGAGAUGUGUGAGUUUGAAUCCAUUUCAAGACCAAGUUGUAUACUCAUCAGCAAGUAGCACUCACAUAGGUGGUGGAGAUGUAAAACAAGAGAGCUCUGAAAGUGGGUAUGUUUAUGGUCCUGGGAGCAGUACUUGUGAUGAGAUCCAUGCAGGGAGGUCUUGUGUCACAACAAGCUUCAGUAGUAGCAUGUUAGAUUUCUCAAACUCUAAUAAGGCAGAGAAAAGACAGGCUCAAGCACCAGACCAUUCAUCUGAGUGCAACAGUACAGCAAAUGGUGCAGCUUUCAAGAAGGCUAGAGUUCAAGCCUCAUCCUCACCUCAAUCUACUUUCAAGGUGAGGAAGGAAAAGCUUGGUGAUAGAAUAACUGCACUUCAUCAACUAGUUUCCCCAUUUGGAAAGACUGACACAGCGUCUGUACUGCUAGAAGCCAUUGGCUACAUUAGAUUCCUUCAGGGUCAAAUUGAGGCUCUGAGCUCCCCGUACUUGACCACUUCCUCAGGUAGCAGAAGACAAUCUGGAGUACAAGGGGAAACAAAUUGUGUAUUUCCAGAAGACCCUGGUCAGUUAUUAAAUGAUAACAACAUGAAGAAAAGAGGUCCCAAAGAUCAGGCUGUGAAUGAUGAAGCAAAGGACUUGAGAAGUAGAGGGCUGUGUCUGGUGCCAGUGUCUUGCACUCUUCAUGUUGGGAGUGAAAAUGGAGCUGAUUAUUGGGCACCAACUUUUGGUGCUGGGUUUAGGUAGAUUAUUAAUUAAUGAAUAUGUUCAGUGGGAAAAAUUAAAUCAAGGUACAUUAUCAUGUUGGGAUUAAUUAAGAAGUAGUGAAUAUAACAUCAUGAGCAGUCAAUCUGCUAAAUUCUCCAAAGGUUGAUUGCUCAUGAUGGUAUGCACUUGAUUUCAAGCAGACUAGUUGGGGAACUACAUUUCAUUUCUCAAAUUUAUUAAGAAAGAGAGAGAAAGAGACUUGCUAAUCUUAAUUAGCUCAUCUCCUAUAACACUUGUUCUUAAUUAUGUUGUAUAUGUUAUAUAUAUUAGUGAUCAUCUUCUUUUAUCAUUCA